AUGAUGAUCCGUGUGGAGUCUAAGGCCAGCGCCCUGCAAAUAACCGACGCCCUAGCAGGCCACGCCCACCAGCUGCAGGUGAGAGCCCGGGACGAGAUCAACCCAGACAGCCAGUGGAGUGACUGGAGUCCCCUGCUGCAGAGCUGGCCAUGGAGUGGUUGCACAGCAGAGCCAACUGAACAAACCUUCUCUGUCGACUACAAAGACAAAGACCCGUCUACAGCCAACACCAAGUCAGACAAUUUGGAGGUUGAUGGUGGUAGUCUGGGAGUGGUGAUAUUACUGGCCCUGUUUGCUGUCAUCAUCCUAGCCUUGGUGUCCUCUCUAUUUGCCCUCAUGUGGGUGAGGCAAUGGAGGAGGGACAACGUGACAAGACAGGAACUGACCUCAAUGUUGAAGAUGAAGUCCUGCCAAUCUGGCCCUAGGUUGGCCAAUCCUCUCAGCCCUUACAGGGCCCCUACUCUCCACCAGGCCAUACCUCCACCAGCUGUCUGCUGCGUCCAAAACACACUACCCACAACCUACCAGGAGACUCACCACACUGCCAACAACACAUCUGUUGUGAGUGCUUGGCCUGGUCGCUGCCUGCCGAUGGACAGACAUGGUGGACCGACUGACUGACUCCUCCCACUGGAAUUGAACCUCUUUGUGGUUGUGGGCCUCAGUGACAGUACAGUAUGAAGCACCACUAAACAACAUUAAGACAAAGGAAGGAGAGAUGAGUAUCUGUGUCUGUCCUCCUCCCCUGACCCUGACUGACUGAACAACGUUCACAUUGUAUUGCUGAUGAUGGUCCUUUAUUCAUUUCACUCAUAUUGUGACUAUUGGAAUGCUUUGAAGAAGAAGAAGAAGAAGAAGAAGAAGAAGAAGAAGAAGAAGAAGAAGAGUUUGCUAAAGGCAAAAAGCAUUACCGAUAUAUAGACCGGUUGGCAAUAUAGACUGGUUAUAAAGAGGUUAUAGACAGGUUAUUGAGAAGUUAUAGACAAGUUGGCAAUAUAGACGGGUUAUAAAGAGGUUAUAGACAGGUUAUUGAGAAGUUAUAGACUGAUUGGCAAUAUAGACGGAUUAUACAGAGGUUAUAGACAGGUUAUUGAGAAGUUAUAGACAAGUUGGCAAUAUAGACGGGUUAUAAAGAGGUUAUAGACAGGUUAUUGAGAAGUUAUAGACUGAUUGGCAAUAUAGACGGGUUAUAAAAAGAGGUUAUAGACAGGUUGGCAUUCUCUUGACUUCAGCAGAAGAAGAGAAGGAACACUCUGCGAGGCUGCUGCUAUUGGUCAUUGGAUGAGAAAGAGGAAACACGGUCCUGUCAUUUCCAUGCUGGCCAGUCACAGACAAGUGUCAGGAUGAUGUCAUAACUUCAUCUGUGUGUGGGUGCGUCGCAUGAGGUUAGAUUGGUCUGGGAACAGUUAUCCUCUCCCCCCUUCGACCCCCACCAGAAGUGAUGUGGGCCCACCUGGGCAAGAAGACCUGAUGUAGUGACUGUUAAUGUCAUCAUCACCCGUUAUGAGAGGUCUCUAUUUAGCACUUCAGAUACAACCAGCAUGACAUCAGUUCUCGUCCCUCCCAUUUCACGACAUCACACAGCAUUAUUCUGCUCUGAUGACAGUGAAUGGUGAUGUUAUUUUCUGUGGUUCUUUACAGCGCCGUGUUGUCGUGUAAAGGUGCCUUUACUCCGAGUUAAAGCCUCGCUGGGUGUCUUCGAGGACUGUCACGUUCUCUCAAGCUAGUACCUAUGCAUGGAUCCUAUUGAAGCUUGUUCUAUGUUAUAUUCUACCUUAACCAACAAAAUGAAAUGUAGUUGAUAUAUAUUCUGUUAUUUUUUUUGAGGUUGUGCUACUGUUGUGUGCACCAUUCCCCAGUCAAUGAGAUGAAGGUCUAAUACAGUAGAUUAUUCUACGACCCACAUGACACACUGUUCCCUACAUACAGUCAGCUCCAAAAGUAUUGGGACAGUGACAUUUUUUGUUGGAUCAAUUUGCUGUUUGUUUUGGUUGUGUUUUAGAUAA